AUGGAUUAUACCACGCGCAUGUUCAAUAGUCCACCAAAGGAUCCAGCUUCCGCUAUUUCGUGGUUGGAGUACGUAUCCACGGUUAAGAGUAUCGCCGUCGGCCUGCGCGACAUUGGUUUAUCCGAGAAUGAUGCCGUUGGGCUGAUCAGCGUCAAUGAAAUUUACUAUUAUGUGCUUGGAGACGGUGUCAUUGCCGCGGGCGGAGUCUUUGCCCCUCUCCCGACAACCCCGCUGGACCAGAUAGGUCUCUACAUCGAAGCGGCGCAGGUGAGCUGGCUUUUCGUCAGCGUCGAAUUCCUUGAGCAGAUUCUACUGGCAGCGCCCAACUGGAAGCUCGACAAAUCGCGAAUCCUGGUGUUUGAUCCACCCGGCCUGGAGCCAUAUCAAGGACGUCUACCCCGAUUUAGCAACUUGUUGACCGCCGACGGGAACCUCUGGAAGAAUCCUUAUGAAGGCAAAGACCCCAAGCAACUGAUCUGCGUGCGAUCUUUUGGCAGUGGAACAACUGGGUCCGUCAAAGCCAUUGAAAUUUCCCAUGCUGCUCAGUUGGCAAGACUGGACGCUCCUCUCUUUACCCCCGACCCACGCGAUACGGCAUGGUUGCAGAACAUCGGCAUCUCCCACGUCAGCAGUCUCAACAUGUGCCAGCGAGCUUGUGCUGGUGGGCUACCAAUGGCCUUGACCUGCGUCGACGACGCACAAUCACUCUUGGAUAAAAUCCAGGAACUCAAAAUCAGCCAAAUCCAGUUACCACCUGCAGUAAUGGAAGGUAUCACGGAAAUAAUCAACUCGGGUCGCCGACCUCGGGAAGCCCUCGAAUCCCUUAGCACUGUGUUGGUUGGCGGGACCUUUUCUCGAAAGGUUUCAGUCGAGGCCUUUUCUGCUCUGCUCCCAAGCCACACUCGCUUGAGAACUGGCUACGGGAGCACGGAAGCCGGUAUCGUCACCAUGACGCCAAUUGACAGCCCUUGGGAAUUGGGCUAUACUGGCAUUCUAACCCCAAAAGUCGAGUUGAAGUGA